GGGUCGUGGACACAGCCGGUGGCAGUGCCGUGUGGUGAGUGCCUACCGAAGAGCCCGGCCUGUUCCGAAGCACUGACCCGCUGCAGGAGGAAAUGGAGUAUGAACGGAGGUGGCCGCGGGGACCGAACGGGCCGAUAUGGCGCUGCUGACCGGUCCCAGGACGACGGCGUGGACGGGCGGACCCAGCGAGACCACGACUACCGGGACAUGGAUUACCGCUCGUACCCCCGCGACUUCAGCAGCCAUGAGGCCGCUAACGAGUACGACUCAUCCGAGGAGCAGAGCGCCGAGGAUUCCUAUGAGGCCUCCUCGGGGUCGGAGACUCAACGCAAGCGGGACAGCCCCACCGAGCCCCUGGGCUACCCCGGCGACGGGGACUACCGCGACCAGGACUACCGGCCCGAGCCAGAGGAGGAGCAGAAGGCCAGCAGCAUCGUCAUGCUAAGGAUGCUGCCCCAGUCCGCCUCCGAGAACGAC